CCUAGGAAGGUGCUGGCGGGCACGGAAGUUAAUUAAAUGUGAUGCCCGAGUUGCCCAUCGUUGGCUGGCUGAAUUCAACCGGAUCUGGCAGUGCGGGGUCAUUGUGUGUUUUUUUAGUAAAAAUCAAAACUUCCCCAGCCAGCCUAAGUCAUGAAAACAGAAGUGAGCUCCCUGCGUGUGCAGCAUGAUAGACAAGCACGGGGACACGCUUAGGGGACUGCUUCCUUGCUGAGAAACCAUCCAGAUUCACCCCACAGACUGCAGUGCGCAAGGGGAACUGAGAUCCUGGGGCCUCUGCCAUAUCCUCCUAACAGAGGAAGACAAAAUAGGGACAAGUGGUCAAGCAAACUGGAAAGAUGGACAGAUAUUUCAUGCAAAGGGGUUACGUAAGCACGCAACUGUGCAACAACAUGCCCUGUGAUCUUUGGCACUGCUUUCCCCAUAGGUCAUACAGGAGAGAUGCUGUAUGGCUUUGUAGCGUGUGGGUUACGGCCGCUAGCCCCCUCCAGUGCUUUGAAACCUGCUGGCGAUGCUUCCCUAAAUGCUGUUAAGGGUAACGUCACAGCGACUAUACAGGAGAGUUUUGUUGGAAGUUAGAAAGUUUUGCAGCCUCCAGAGGGCUGUAGCGGCAGUAGCAGCAGCAGCAUCCAAGGGACUCCUGGAAGGGGAAGAGAGAGAGCGAGCGAGCUCCCGCCCCCUUGCGCGAGCUGCCCGGAGCCCCGGAGGCAGCCAUGGAGCACCAGCUGCUGUGCUGCGAGGUGGAGACCAUCCGGCGGGCCUACCUGGAUGCCAACCUCCUCAAUGACAGGGUGCUGCAGACCAUGCUCAAGGCCGAGGAGACCUGCUCGCCCUCCGUCUCCUACUUCAAGUGCGUGCAGAAAGAAAUCUUGCCCUAUAUGAGGAAAAUGGUUGCCACUUGGAUGUUGGAGGUUUGCGAGGAGCAGAAGUGCGAAGAGGAAGUUUUCCCCUUGGCUAUGAAUUAUUUGGACAGAUUUUUGUCGCUCGAACCCCUCAAGAAAAGCCGAUUGCAAUUGCUCGGAGCUACCUGCAUGUUUGUGGCUUCAAAAAUGAAGGAAACUAUUCCUCUGACCGCAGAAAAACUGUGCAUUUAUACCGAUAACUCCAUUAGACCCGACGAAUUACUGCAAAUGGAGCUGCUUCUGGUGAAUAAGCUGAAAUGGAAUCUGGCUGCAAUGACCCCCCAUGAUUUCAUUGAACAUUUCCUUACUAAAAUGCCUCUGGCAGAGGACACCAAGCAGAUCAUCCGUAAACACGCUCAGACUUUUGUGGCUCUGUGCGCUACAGAUGUUAAAUUUAUUUCAAACCCGCCUUCCAUGAUCGCAGCUGGCAGUGUGGUAGCUGCUGUUCAAGGCCUGCAUCUGGGGGACACUAACACUUUCCUCUCCUAUCAAUGCCUCACACAUUUCCUAUCACAAGUUAUCAAAUGUGACCCGGAUUGUUUACGAGCCUGCCAAGAACAGAUUGAAUCCCUCCUUGAAUCCAGUCUACGCCAGGCACAGCAACACAACGUAUCUUCAGAAACAAAGACUGUAGAGGAUGAAGCAGACCUUUCCUGCACACCUACUGAUGUGCGAGAUGUGAACAUUUAAGAGGACUUCUGCUAAUGGGUUUGCUUGGCAAGAAAAGCAGACAAAGAAAGGGCAUCUGAGAAGGAAUCAGCAUCAGGAUCUCCCCCCCAGAAACCCUUUUCUCCAGGACAUUUUUAUACCAGAAGGGAAAACCAGUCUUGUUUUUUUUUUUUUUUCCUUGUUCUGUCUCCCUUCCAUCUGUGACUUCAAACAAACAAAUAAACAAAAAAUACCCCAAAAACUGUCUUAAAAAAAAAGAAAAAAAAUAGUAUUUGCAUUACCCCCAGGGGUUUGUGCUACAAAAAUAGAAGAUUUUAUACAAUAAUAAUCAACUAGUUUUUAUAUUAAAGUGUUCUUGUCUGUAUGUUGUAAAAAUAGGCAUUAACACACAAAAUGUCUCCAGGGGAGGUAUUAGAUUUGAUUUCUUACAUAAAAAACAAACCAACCAACCAUUUUUAAAGUAGAAGAGGGUUAUCUUUUUUUUUAGAUAGUAAAUGAAAUAUUCUUUUUUCUUUAAAAAGCAUAGCUUUAACGCAGUUCUAGGCUUUUCUGUAUCUUGCUUGCUUAUGCAUUUAGUCACUUUAUAAUUCAUCUGUAAAUGUUUAUUUUAUUUCCUUAGUUUUUUUAUCCUCUUCACCUUAUAAAUGGUUAACGUAACCCAUAAGUUAGUGUAUGUUAGUAUACAGCAUUAUUUUAUGUUAAUCUUUUUUUUUUUUUUUUUGGUGCCUGUGGAUUGCCUGUACAUAAGGCAUUUGUAGGGUUCCAGCUUAGCAUUGUCGGGAAAGGCCAAUGUACUACUCAUACGAUACUCUAUUAUAAAGAGAAACCGAAAUAGUGACAUAAUAUAUUAUAUUUUUGUAAUCUUCAUAUUUUUGUAGUUACCUGUGUAUAAAUGCUGGUCUGACCCAACAGAUAUUCAGCCUAAUUAUGGUCAGGUUCAAUCCACAGUUUAGUCUUUGUUUUUGUUUUUGUUUUAAAUAAUAUUCUAAAACCAUUCCAUUCAAAGCACUUUCAGUCCAUUAGAUAUAGGAAAUGCAUUCUUUUAUUGUGUGGGAAUUUUUUUUUUUUAAUGGAAUGGUUUGGAAAUAUAUAAGUGCUUGUUCGCAAACUUGGAAUUGCAAAGCAAGUGCAUUUAACUAUGGUGUUAGAGGAAAGGUGAUAUUUUUUUUUCCGAAGGUUGUGUUCCAGUGAGAGAAAUUACAUUCACAAAUUGCCAGGAUAUCUUCCUAUCCUUUUCUGUAGAAAAGUUGAAGUUUAGAAAGCCUUUGGUGCCAGCUCAUCUUUGUAAAUUAGGGGCCUUAAAGGUUCACAUAUAGGACACAUAGUUUAAGGAUUGUCUCUAGAUGUUUUACAACUGAAGGUUUUUAAACACUAAAAUAUAUAAUUUAUAGUUAAGGCUAAAAAAAAGAAAGAAUAUUUAUUGCAGAGGAUGUUCAUAAGGCCAGUAUGAUUUGUAAAAUAAUGCAAUCGCCCCUUAAAAAAAAAUACACAUAAUCUUUCUACCCUUGAUGUUGCAGUUUUAACAGCUUAUUAAAGAAAAAAAAAAAAGACACUCUUCAGAGAACAAACCCAAAACAAAACAGUCUGUUAUUUGGCCCCUUCUUAUACACUUUCAAAAGCAGUCUAACCAUGAAAAACGCCAUAGUUAAUAAACAUGAGAAUUGGAGUACUUGAAAGAAGUUCUUAUUCCAGUAUAUGCCCCAUCUUUUUUUUUUUUUUAAAUUUAGCUACAAAUAGAAAAUUUGCACAUCUUGGCUAUGUAUCUUGUUAUUAUUAUUUUAGAAAGUAGCUGAAGGGACGUGGACAUAGCUGUUGAAGUUGACGCUCGAGGAGAAUGUGAUGGUGAAAUGUAUGUGAGAAAACUGCCGCUAAGGUGUUGAUUGU